CGGGCCUCGGAGUCGCGCAGGCGCGGUUGUGCGCGGGUUGCCAAGAUGUCGGCCCCCAAGUACCAGCCGUCGUCUCUGGCUACCCUGCCCGCUACCCUCGACCCAGCCGAGUACGACGUCUCUCCGGAAGCCCGGAGGGCGCAAGCCGAGCGGUUGGCCAUAAGAUCCCGACUUAAACGGGAGUACCUGCUUCAGUACAACGACCCCAGCCGCCGGGGGCUCAUCGAGGAUCCUGCCUUAAUUCGUUGGACCUAUGCAAGAUCAGCAAACAUCUAUCCCAAUUUUAGGCCCACUCCCAAGACCUCACUUCUAGGGGCUCUGUUUGGAAUUGGGCCCCUCUUAUUCUGGUUUUAUGUUUUCAAAACUGACAGAGAUAGGAAAGAAAAACUUAUCCAGGAAGGAAAAUUGGAUCGAACAUUUAACAUUUCAUAUUAAGUCUGGCAAUGAUGAUAACUCUAUGUAUUAUUGUUUAAAUAAAUCUUCUAUUAAUCAUUAAA